UUCCGCCUAUUCUCUGAGCUGGAGAGCUUCAUUGCGAACGAAAACGACGACGAGCAGGUAUGUCUAUUGCUCAUGGCAUUCGCACUCUUGGUGUCCUCGGCGCGGGCCAGAUGGGUCUCGGAAUCGCCUAUGUAUCAGCUCUGCACGCUCGUGUACCUGUGAUGCUGUACGAUCGCUCAGCUAGUCAGGUGCAGAAUGGUCUCAAAUUCAUGGACAAACUCCUGGCGAAGGACGUGUCCAAAGGGAAGAUCACCCAGGAGCAGGCAACAGCGGCGCGAGAACGCGUGUCGACAAUCGAUGUGGAUAAGGGCGUGUCGGGCAUGCGGGACGUUGACAUGGUCAUUGAGGCAGUAUCGGAGAACUUGCAAGUGAAGCAGACAUUGUUCCGCAAUCUGGCUGCAGAGCUCCCACCGACCGCUAUCCUUGCUUCCAACACGUCUUCUAUUAGCAUUACGAAGAUUGCUGCAGCAACAGUCCCUGAAGGGAAGAAUGCCGCAGAUGAGGACGCAAAACGGAGUGCCGGUCGUGUCGUCGGGUUGCAUUUCUUUAACCCGGUCCCAGUGAUGAAACUCGUUGAACUAAUUGCCGCUAUUCAAACGUCCCAAGAAACGGUCGAUCGCGCGAAAGCAUUUGCGGUCGCAUGUGGCAAGGAGGUGACAACGUCGAAGGACGUACCAGGAUUUGUGGGGAAUGCUCUCCUCAUGCCUUUCAUUAACGAGGCGAUCAUGUGUCUCGAGAAGGGUGUCGCAACGCGCGAGGAUAUUGACAAGACGUUAAAGCUCGGCAUGAACCAUCCGAUGGGUCCGCUUCAGCUAGGUGAGCAUUGCCUUGCCAUGACCAUCGGCUUGGACACAUGCCUUGCAAUUCAGAAGACGUUAUACGUGGGGACCGGUGACUCAAAGUAUCGCCCGAGCGUUCUCCUCGAACGCAUGGUGGAUGCAGGUUGGUAUGGCAAGAAGAGUGGCAAGGGCUUCUACGAGUAUCCACAGUGAAGAAAGCGAGUAAUUGCAGGCAGGUCGUUUGACCACGCGUACGUUAUCCACGUGUGAUGCGGCCGGUGGCAGCGGGGCGUGAGGAAUGCGCAUGUUUAGGUCUAACGGUGUUGGAAGGCGACUUGCAUGCUCUUUUGAGCGUUCGAGCGGUGUCUCGCCUGUGUAUCAGUACGUGUUGUUUGCAAUAUUAUCGAUGCAGCUGAUGUUGCAGCUCGCAUUUGGAUGCCUUGCUU